UAUGCGUGAGUGUGGUGGUGCUCAUGUGAACUGCUCUUGCGUUUCUUGCGGCCCUGCCCUCGUGCAGUGAAGCACAUCCGUCUCACCUGUGGAUAAAUGUUCCUUAGAAACACCUCCCUGUCUGCUGCUGCGAAGACCGGCACAGGUUUUUAAUGCGUGACGUGUUUCUAACCGGAAGAUACAAGAGGAUGGACAAGAAGGGUUCGCCCAGAGCAGAUAUGGGGAAAGACCGUCCACUUCCUGUUAAUUCCAUUGUACAUAAGCUAGCUGCGGAGCGACUCGUCCUGAACCGGCUCGGUAACAGGCGACUACCUCCCUGUUCUCCCGCCGCUGUCGCAGCAGCGGUCCGUCGCUAUAGCUCGGACCGGGGAGAGCAGAAGCACCAGAAGGUGGUGGUGGUCGGCAUCCCGAACCCCUUCAUCUGGUUCCGCACCCGGAUUUACUACUUCCUCAUCAGGACGUACUUCGACAAAGAGUUCAGUAUAGAGGAGUUCACGGAGGGGGCGAAGCAGGCCUUCUCUCAUGUUUCCAGGCUGCUGUCACAGUGCCAAUUUGAAGCCUUGGAGGGCCUCGUAGCUAAAGACCUGAUUGGGAAGCUGGAGGAAAAGUGCAACCUGCUGCCUUCCGACUAUAAGAAAGCACUGUCUGCAGAGCCCGAUGAGAUCAUGUACACAACCCCUGGGGAUGUGGGAAUCUUCUACGAUGACAAUGGUAGGAAGUUUGUCAGCAUCCUGAUGCGUUUCUGGUAUCUAACGAGCGCGCGCCUUCCCGAAGACUCCAUGGAGGGAACUCGUAUCUUCCAGGUGGCCAUUGGGGAAGGAGAACCAGAGACUAAGAGACUGCUUACUGCAAUUUAUGAAUUCCAGAGGGAGUUUACUAAAGGAGUUCCUCCAGACUGGACCAUCACCAGGAUAGAGCACUCCAAGCUUUUGGACUGAGGUGGUGUUGAAAGGAAAAUAGUCACAGCUCAAGAUUAUCCACAAGGGGGGAGUGAGACUCAGCUCCUCAACAAAAAGGACUAAGUUGGAUUUAUCCACAAUUUACUUAAGCAAAGACACAGGAGCCAAUCACAGCCGCUCUACUAAAUACCACCUUGAACUCCUGAUUUAUUUCCUCGCUCUUUCAUGACAUAGAAAUUAGAGAUUCAAGCCUGAUUAGGCUUGUAACCCCUGCUCUCAAAAGUCAAACACUUUCAGGAAGAAAGUGUUAUCUUCCAGUUAACAGUCAUGUGAUCCCAGAUGUGUGGGGUCUUCAGACAGAUUAACAGCGACCAGCUGAUUUGAAAUGAACACAUUGUGAUGGUGCUGAUGCGAUAAAUGUCUCCCAGCUCAAUCUGACCUGAGUCUGACGAAGUGACUGAAACCACUGAGAUUUUUUAAAUCUUUUUUCAGUCUUAGAUCUGCUGCUGUGUAUUCUCAUUUUAAAAGCUGAACACAUUAUGAGAUUAAACACUUCAUGUGAAAUCGUUCCUUGAGGGAAAACACUCACUGUUUUUCAGAGAAGACCGACCGACAUCUGCUUCUGUAACUGUGGAGCUGCGAUCAGGAUGUACGUUGCGUUUUUUUGUUUUUGUUUUUUGUCUCUGAUUUAUUUCCUGACCCGUUGCCUUCUGGAGUUUUUGGAGUAUGUACCUGCUGUACAUGUGUCUCUGAUGGUUAAGGCAGCUUCACGAAGCUCCAGCAGACUCUUCGGUUUUAUUAAAGAUUUAAGGAAUGAAGUGUGUGCUGCUCCUCUGCAGUUUAUGACACGUUUGUUGUUAUAUAUGAUGACAGCGUGUUUGUGGAUGUUCUAAGUUUAAAAAAAAAAAAUAAAACUAUUGGA